GAACAACAGCCAAGGACCAUAAUGAGCAACUCAAUGACACCAUCCAGUUCGACUUCCAAUCCAAGACCAACUCACAGAAGAAAACAUUCAUCACAAUCCAAUCCAUCUAAACCGAACCCAUCACCAUCACCCUCGAUCAAACUCAACAGUGCAAACCCACCCUUAAAACGAUUAAAAUUAUCAUCACCUGAACUAUCAUCUGAAUUUCCACAGAAAACAGAUGAAUUUAUAACCAAUCAACAAACUUCAUUUACUAUUCAAGAAUCAACUCAAGAUGUGAUUUCUUUAAAUGAUGAUGAUCAUGAUGGAAAUUGGUCAACUGUUUUGAAUUCAAAAACUAGUAAAGGAAAAUCAAAAAAACAACAAAAGUUAAUUAAACACCAACAACUUCAUCCUGCUGAAUUUCAUUUCGAUACACGAGGGUUUAAAAAUGGUCGAAUCAUUCAAUUAAAAGAUGUACGUGAUUUAGUACUAAAUAUUACAGCAGAUGAAAGAUCACAAGACUGGAUGUUAGUAAAAAACAAAUCCAACAUCUCCAAAACAGUAGUCUUAAUGAUCCCAGGUAUCACACCUUUAACAUUGGGUGUCGAAAAACCUAACACGAAUCUAGGCAUGCCAUUUUCAAUAUCAAGUCAAUCGACUCAUUUACCAGCCUUUCAAUCACUCUUUAGUCAUGCUUGUCCAACUAAAGCAGGUGGGGAUCGGUUAAGGAUGUUUAGUUGUUUAAGUGUUUUUUUGACUUGUCAACUUUCGGCUUGGGCUAAAGCAAAACGUGAUGAAGAAAGAAAGAAAAAUCAAAAAACCAUUUCUUCAUCUGAUCCUACACUUUUCUUAUUACAAGAAGAGAUCAUGACAGAACAAGGUUAUCCUAAACCUAAUUAUCCGAUCCCAUUAACCGCUUCCGUACGACAAACUCAAAGAGAAAAGCAUCCGAUGAAUUCAACUCAACCCAUCCCAUCCACUCGAUUCGAAGAAUGGAUUCAAUCAGAUGGAUGGAUUCAAACACCUUGGAUAGAAUCACCUAAGAUAGAAAGUUUAGGAAAACCAUUAAAGUUAAUCGGAAUUGAUUGUGAGAUGUGUUUGACGGAGAACGGGAGUGAAUUGACAAGAUGUACGGUUGUAGGAAAAGAUGGCAAACCGAUCUUAGACGAAUUAGUGAAACCUGAAUCACCUAUUAUAAAUUAUUUAACAAGGUUUAGUGGGAUGACGGAAAAAAGAUUACAAGGUGUUCAAACUACAUUGAAAGAUGUUCAAAUCAAAUUAAGUUCGAUGAUCGAUUUCGAUACUGUCUUGGUCGGUCAUUCAUUAGAAUGUGAUUUAAGAGCACUUAAACUUUUACACCCUUGGGUGAUCGAUACCAGUGUGAUUUAUCAACAUCCCAAAGGAUUACCCAUGAAACCUUCAUUGAAAUGGUUAGCACAGAAAUGGUUAAACAAAGAGAUCCAAGCCAAUCCUCCACCUGGUUCGAUGACUCUAGGACAUGAUUCAGAAGAAGAUGCUAGAACGGCGAUCGAAUUGGUUUUAAAGAAGAUGGAAAAAGGAACGGGCUUUGGAGAGUUUGUGAAUGAUGUGGAAUCGAUCUUUGAAAGGAUGUCAAGAGGUACUGAACCGAAAAGAGUGGCUGUGAUUGAUCAUGGUGGUGGGAUGAAUUCUUCAAAAGCUACUUCUUCAAUGGUUUGUAAAACUGAUGCUGAGGUUAUUGAUGGAAUGAUUUCACAUUUAGAGAAUCAUGACUUCUUGUUUGGAAGAUUAAUGGACUUAUCACAUGGACUUGGAUGGUCAAAACCACCUACACCAAAACUAUCACACGAUCUACCAACCCAAGAAGAAAGUAUACCAACCCAUCCGAUCUGUGAAUCAUCCAUUGAAACUCUUUACGAAAGCUUAUCGAAUCAAAUCAUCAAACUGAACGAAGCCUUACCUAAAGGAACUGCUUUGAUUAUCUUUACUGGUCAUGAUGAUCCAAGAGAGAUGGCUAGAUUGAAUGCUAUGAAAUCAAAGUUUGAUCAAGCUUUGAAGAACGGAUCUACAACUGUUUCGGAAGAACUUAGGUGGAUGAGUGCUCAGGAAAGACAAUUGAUUGAUGAGGUUGAGAAAUGUAAAUUAGGAAUGAGUUUUUUUAGAGUCAAAUAAACUUGAAUAGCCUUCAUCAUCAUCUUCAUGAGACUUUUGGAUUGGAUUGGAUUGGAUUGGUUGGAGGUUUGGUCUGAUUGGAACUUCUUUUAUAUGUUUCUUUUUUCUCGCUUUAGGAUUUUAUUGGAUGAUCUUUUCCUUCUUUCUUUUAAGAAUAUUGAUGAAUUUUGUUUAAAAUAAAUAAAAAAAAUUGGAAUUAAUUAGUUUGAUCAGUUUAUACUUUUACC